GUUUUGAUCUUUAAAAUACUUCUUUGGUGAUUUGCCAUUGAUAUUUGGGUGCUUAAACUGCACUACAAUCGAAUUCACUGAAGGUCGUUCACUUUUAGAAAAUGUCCUUUCAAGAUGUUCUCAAAAGAGGAGAUGAAUUUCUCUCUGAUUACCCAAGAACUUCUGCUUGGUGGAAUUUAGCUUCACAUGCCACUUGUCUUGGAAUGAUUGUACCGGCCAAAUUCUUUUUAAAUGUACUUUAUAAUCCUUAUUUACACAAUAUUGAGAAACUUGAUGCUGCUCUCAACAAGGCUAGACUGGAAAAUAGGUCUCUUCUUACGGUGAUGAAUCAUAUGUCUGUUGUAGAUGACCCAACAUUCUAUGCCGCUUUACCCUGGAGAUUCCAUACUGACAUUGAUACAAUUAGAUGGGGGUUUGGAGCUCAUAAUGUUUGUUUCUCAAAUGGUACCCUUUCAUGGUUUUUCAAUUUAGGAAAGAUUUUGGGUACUCAAAGAUUCGGACAUGGUCCAUUUCAAGGAUCUUUAGACGCAGCAAUUAGAAUUCUUUCACCUGAUGAUACCUUAGAUUUAGAAUUCACUCCUGGAGUUAAGGAUGUUGCUAAACCUUCACUCAUCCAAGAGGCCAGUUUAAACCCAGAAAAGGUUUCACAUUUAGUUCAUAAGGUUAAACCUUCAGUGGAAUCAACAAAUUUAUUAAUGUCAAAAUCUCCAUUCAUACGUCAUAAGACUUCAUGGUUCCAUGUAUUCCCAGAAGGGUUUGUAUUACAACUUCAAGAACCACAUCAAAACUCAAUGAGAUAUUUCAAAUGGGGUGUAUCAAGAUUAAUAUUAGAAAGUACUGUAGCACCUGUUGUUGUUCCAAUUUAUGCACUGGGAUUUGAAAAAAUUGCCCCUGAAAGUGCUGAUGAAGGAAAUCAAGGAUUGAAAAGAUGGUUACCUCUGAAUAUUGGUGCUGAUAUCCAUAUUGCCAUUGGGGAUGCCAUUUCUGAUGAACAAAUCGAAGGAUAUAGAAAGAAAUGGAGACAAUUAUGUGAUAAAUACAUUGAUAUUGAUAACCCAACUGAUUUAUCUCAAGAAUUAAAGAUUGGUGAAAAAGCUCAACAAUUAAGAGCAGAAGUUGCUUCAGAUUUAAGAGAUGCUGUUGCAUUCAUUCGUACUUCCUUGGGAAUUUUCAAACCAGAAGACCCUAGAUUUAAAGACCCAAAGUUCUGGAAAGAAUAUACCCAUACUGAAGGUGAUAGUCACCCUGAUGUUCAAUUUGUUGGUAAAAAUUGGGCUAUUAAACGGUUGCAAAAGCAUUUACCAGAGUUUAAUGAAAAGAGAGAAUAAAAGUACUGAAAUGUGCUUCAUAUAUAUAUAGACUAUUGAACAAGUUUCUUUUUUGUCAACCACUUACG